AGAGAUGGGCAGAGCAAAGAUUGCGAUCAAGAGGAUCGAUGAUUCAACGAACAGGCAAGUGACUUUCUCAAAAAGAAGAAGUGGAUUGUUCAAGAAAGCGAGGGAGCUUGCGAUCCUCUGCGACGCACAAGUUGGUGUUAUUGUCUUCUCCAGCUCCGGCAAGCUCUAUGAAUAUGGAAGCUCCAGCAGCAUGAAAUCUAUUAUUGAUCGCUACAAUGAACAGAAAGGGGACCAUUGUCAGCUACUAGAUCCUGCUUCAGAAGUCAAGUUUUGGCAAAGAGAAGCAACAGUUUUGAGGCAACAACUGCAACACUUGCAAGAAUGCCACAGGCAAUUGAUGGGUGAACAAAUUUCUGGUUUGAGCAUUAAUGAAUUGCGAAAUUUGGAAAAUCAACUUGGGAUAAGUUUAAGAAGCGUCCGGAUCAAAAAGGAACAAUGUUUAAAGGAUGAGAUUAAAAAGUUGCAUCAAAAGGGAUAUCAAAUUAGUCAAGAAAAUGUAGAACUCUAUAAAAGGAUUAAAGUCAUUAGUAAAGAAAAUGCAGAAUUACAGAAGACUUGUGAAGCGUUGCAUGCACCAACCUAUCUACAGCUGAGACAGCCACAGCCUCAAUCUUAUUACAGAUGCUUAGCAACAGCUCUUUCCUGUGGGAAGAUCAAGUUUUCUGCAGCGGAGAUUGUUAGAAUCAAAACAGCAUCAAUUCCAUAUAUAUGAAGUUCUCCC